GGUCUGAAGUUGGGUGCGAGGUCGGUCUGUUCGUAGCGUGUGAAUGUGUAAGCCGAGACGUGCACAUCAAUCAGUAUUCCAAACGGAGUUUGAUUUAUUGAUGUGCGUUUUCGUUCGUCGAGGGGAGAUUACCACGAUAUCGUUAAUUCCGAAUUUAAAACACUACUGUAUGCUUGUCGGUCGAUCGGCGUGAAACAUGUCCGUUGAUGCAAGAUGAGGUUAACGUUUCAGAUUGUCGUUUUGACCUGCCUUUCCUCGAGCUUUGUCAAAUGCUCGGCCGUUUCCGAAGCGAAUAAGACGGCAACGAGCGAUUACAGAUUCAAUGGGCCCCUGGUAUUGUGCAAUUUUUUGCCCAAGGAAUUCAUCGAGUGUGCUGAACCCAUUGAUCACAAGGGGAACAAAACUGCCAAGGAAGAGCUUGGGUACGGCUGUGUAAAGUUCGGUGGUUCUCGUUACGAGGAUGUGGAACGGACCAAAGUAACUUGCGAGGUUUUGCCAGAGAUCGAAUGUCACGGAGUCAGAACGUUUUUCCGAGGAGGGGUCCCGUGUAUUAAAUAUAGCGGACAUUAUUUUACUACCACGUUGCUCUAUAGCAUUCUGUUAGGCUUCGUUGGUGUCGAUAGAUUUUGCUUAGGACAAACGGGAACUGCCGUCGGUAAGCUUUUGACUUUGGGCGGUGUUGGCGUUUGGUGGAUCGUUGACGUUAUUUUAUUGGUGACCAAUUCUCUGCAGCCUGAAGACGGUAGCAAUUGGAAUCCUUAUGUCUGAUGAUAGUAAAUAGACCCAAAUAUUGUGUUUAACUACCAAGUAUUGACUAAUUCUGCACUUAGAUAAAUAUAUAUACAUACAUGUAUAUGUAUGUACAAAAACAAUUCGUGUUAGAACUCAAAUAGUACAUAGAUAUAUCUAUGCUGAAAAAACUACUGAUUUUUAUCUGUGCUUGAACUAUGGAAUCUGGUUGUAGAAACAAGUUCCAUGUUGUGUCAAAUUUUACUUGAUACAAAUAAUAGUGUUUCAACUUUAAAUAAUCUAAGUGUGGAAAUCCCAAUUACCGUGCCAUCAUCAUGUGCAAAUAUAAUACAAACGGUUUCCAGUAUCCGUUUAAUCUUG